UACAGGGGGAGGUGAGCGGUGCCUCUCAGAGGUCGGGAUUGCAGUUGCUGCCACCUUGGAUUGAAGAAAAGCAGAAACAGGACACGAACACAGACUUUGGAAUAUCAAUUCAGCUGAAGAUGAAGCUUCUCCUCAUCCUCUCCUCCGUCCUCCUUCUGGUCAGUCCCGCUCUGGCCCAGAGCUCAGACAUGCCUUAUGAAGAAUACUUGGCCCAGCUACAGGCGUGUCCCAAAGAGUGCCGCUGCCCUCCCAGCUUCCCCAAAGCGGUCUACUGUGACAACAAGGCCCUAAAACGCAUUCCCACCAUUCCUCCACACACUUGGUACCUGUAUCUGCAGAACAACCUCAUCGAAGUGGUGUCAGCAGAUGCCUUCCGUAACGCCACACAGAUCCGCUGGAUCAACCUGAACCGCAACCGCGUCACGACCAAAGGCCUGGAGGAGGUCGGCCUGGCCGCCAUGACCCACCUGGUCCACCUGUACAUGGAUGACAACCUGCUGACCUCUGUCCCAGCCAACCUACCUUCCAGCCUGGAGCAGCUGCGCCUUGCCCGUAACCGCAUCUCCAAGAUCCCGGCAGGGGUGUUCUCAGGCCUGGAUCGGCUGACUCUGCUGGAACUGCAGGGUAACAAGCUCCAAGAUGACGCUGUGACCGAGGUGAGCCUGAAGGGUCUGAGCAACCUGAUCCAGAUCAAUCUGGCCAAGAAUCAGCUGACCACCAUGCCCCUAGGUCUUCCUGUCACCACAACACAGCUCUUCCUGGACAGCAAUGCCAUUGACAAGAUUCCACCUGACUACUUCAAAGGUCUGCCCAAGGUAGCCUUCCUCAGGCUCAACCGCAACAAGCUGGUAAACAAAGGGCUGCCUAGAGAUGUGUUCAACAUGUCCAGCAUCCUAGACCUGCAGUUGUCCUAUAACCAGCUCACUGAAGUCCCUCUCAUCCCCUCAGGCCUGGAACACCUACAUCUGGACCACAACCAGAUUAAGAAUGUGAAUGGAUCUGACAUCUGCCCCGUACCAGUUGACCCUCAGGUGGACUAUGCCACCGAGACCGCACCAAAACUCCGCUACCUUCGUCUCGACGGCAAUGAGAUCAAGCCACCAAUCCCCAGAGACCUUAUUGUGUGCUUCCGUCUCCUCAGGUCCAUCGUCAUAUAAGACACUUUCACCAGUCAUUUGUGUCUAGAUAUAGUCUUCCAGUUCCAAGGGCAGGUGAUUACUAACGGAUGGAAGUCAUUAUGCCGGUCGAUACAUGGACUAUCUGGACAAUCUAUCAUUGGACUGCCAGCGGUAGUGUAAUGGCAGUUUGAUUGGCAUCUUUUUGCUGAAAGACAGAUAUCUGAUGUCAAUGUGGGGGUCAAUUCCAUUUGAAUUCCGUCAAUUUAAGAAAUUCUGGCAAUGAAUAGAUGAAGUAUUUAAAAACAAAUUAUGUAAUGUAAUGUACCAUUUGCAAUUCCUGAAAUGAGUCUCCUGAAUUGGUAGAAUGGAAAUGGGGUUGACAUUAACAUUGCUGGGGAAGUUCAUCUGACAAUUGGUUGAGCGAACUGCAGUUAUAAUGUUUUACCACUAGUUGUGCCUUAUGUUAGUCUUACAUUCACAAGUGCUGAAUGCAAAGGGGCAGAAUGUCUAUGCAAACUGCUUAAAUGUAGCACACAGUGGUCAACAUUUUUAAUUAGGUUUUUAAGAAACUCAAAUUAAAAAAACUAAAAGACGCAAUAUGUGCAAUGUAAUUGGGACAAGAUAAGAGGGAUAUUGUUUAAGAACAGUAUGUAUUUCAGGCAUGUUGAAUUUCUUGACAACUCUUUGUCCUCAUUUUUUUUCUUAGAGUAAAAGAUAAUUGUUUGUAAAUGCUUAGCCAAAAUAUUACUUUUCCAAUUUUUUCUACCAGUCCUCUCAAAUAUGCAGAGGAUUUUAUUAGCAAGUUCUCUGGAAAUAUAUGUUUAGCUAACUUUAUAAACAUGCUAUUCCACUUUUAGAUAAUUUAUUUAAUUUAAUUUGUUCUUGUACAUUACAUGAAAUUCAGUUUUGUGCACAACAGGUCAAUCUUUGUGUAGUACUUUGUAGUGUAAUAUUUUGGAACUGCCAACUAAAUUUUGGAAUGCUUACAUUUUGGUCGAACAUGCUGUAAUUUCCAGUCAAUGGAUUUAAAUAAAAACAUCAAAAUAUUGCCAUUUU